GUGCUCUGACUGCUCUGUCAGGAGCCUAGCUCUUAGAAUCAACUUAAGAAGACAAGGCAGGACGCCUCGCACUUCUGCAACCGGAAAAUAUAUACCAAUCAAAGAAACCUUUCAAUAGGAUGAAAGCAAUGAAGACAACACUGGCAACUGUGACUCUGUGCCUGGUGCUGCUCAUGGCAACAGGUUUCCCUUUGGAGAAGAAAGGGGGUUCAUCCUCGGGCAGCGCCGGCAAGGAGAAGCGUGUACAGUACGCAGGGUGGGAUGAUGUGAAUGUCAUUGCUCAUGGCCUGCUGCAGUUGGGCCAGGGGCUGAAGGAGCACGUGGACAAAACCAAAGUCCAGAUGAGGGACAUUUCCACCAAGCUGAAGGUCUUCAACCGCACAGUGGCCGAGCUGGGGAAGGAAAGCCAGAAGCUGCGAGUGGAGGGGGACGCCCUGAAGGCUCGAGCCCAUGGACUGGAGGACAGAGAGGGGCAGCUGCUCAACGUCACCGCCGAGCUGAGGGAGAAGGCGGAGGAGAUGCAGCAGGAGAGGAGGACGAUGAAAGAGAGGAUGAGCCUGCUGGAGGAGAGGGUGGACAGCAUGCUCCAGGGGGACGCUGUGGUGCUUGACACCAGCGCCGGAGCCAAGAACAAUAGUGAUGCUCAAAACAUCCAGCUGAUGAUGGAGGCGCAAAACAAACGCGUUGACGACCUUGUGGAGCGGAUCAGGCUCCAGCAGGAGAAGCUUGACAAGCAGAAUGUGCGCAUCAGGACCCUGCAGACUCAGGUCCAACAGUCACGACAGAGAGCAUCCCCGCGUGGCAGCGACACUGACGCGCAAAGUGGCCUGUCCGAGCAAAGCGACUCACCAGUCGAAAUGGCAACAGACUGUCAUGAGCUGUUCCUGAGAGGAGAGACAACAAGUGGGGUCUACACCAUCCAGCCGAUAAAUGCAGAGCCCUUUAAAGUCUUCUGUGAGAUAACUGCUGAUGGCGGAUGGACAGUGAUCCAAAGGCGUCAAGAUGGCUCAGUAGACUUCGACCAGCUAUGGCAGGCUUACAAGAAAGGCUUUGGCGCCCUAGAUGGAGAGUUCUGGUUGGGUCUAGAAAAUAUCCACUCCAUCGCUAAAGAUGGUGGCUACAUCCUCAACAUCAAGCUCUCUGACUGGAGUGACGACUUGGUAUCUAUCGACCUCCCCUUCCAUCUGGGCGGAGAGGAAACCAAGUACUCGCUUAAGAUUCAGAAGGCCGACACGUUCAGCCUCUUGGAGAGUUCCCUGGGGACUGACACCACCUCCGGCCAGCCUUUUUCCACCAGUGACCAAGACAACGACCAGAAAAAGGACACCAACUGUGCCAAUCACCUCUCUGGUGGCUGGUGGUUCAGUAACUGCGGUCCCUCCAACCUAAACGGUAGAUACUUCCAGACCCCCCCUCCUAAGCAGCGGCACCAGAGGAAGCAGAGCAUUUUCUGGAAGACCUGGAGAGGCCGCUACUACCCUCUGAAGUCCAGCAGGAUGAUGAUCGCCCCUGCUGCGAUCCUAAAAAAGGCCUAAAGAAUAGAAAGAGACAGAAUGUAAAAGUCGAGACAAAGAGAAGGGAGAGAAAGAAGUAGAUUUUGGACUAUUCCUUCUUUUCUUGGUGCUUUAAAUGGAGUUCUAGGUUUCCAAUGCUCUGUUCCCAGAGAGACGAGCAGAUUCCUCCCCUGUACCUAGAGCAACAGAUGGAAAAAGAACAAAAAAACAUGCAGUGGAAAAUUUUCCACAUGUUGUACCAUUGCAAUUGAUUCCUUCUGUUAGCACGAAGCUGGGGCCCCUAGCAGGAGAACAUCACAGAGCGAGUCCAGGCCCGUCCACGGUGCUGUGAGCCACAAAGGAUUUCUAACAAGUAGAGACGCAUCACCAGACAUGUGGUGUCAACUGUGCAUGUGGGCUGUUGUCGAGUUUAAAUGUGGUUUUGUAGCAAGUAAUCAAACACUGUCAGCUAAAAACAGAUUAAGAAAAGCUCUUAUUUUGUAAAGGAAAUAUGCAGGAUUGAAGUGCAGGCCAAUUAAGAGGGCCUUUUAGACCCAAUGGUGCGGACCAAAUAAUGACUUAGUAAAAACAUCAUAACGUUGGUUUCUACAUGAGCUUGAUCAUAUUUGUGUUGAAAGGCAUUAGUUAUAAAUCACUGUAAACUAGGAUUAUAAUGCAGAAACUGUGUUAAGACUGAUGAUACACUGAAAAACCAUUCAAGCCUUUUGUAGAAUACAUUUUCCAUCUGCAAUGGUGAAUCAAAUUAGGCAUAUUCUUCACUGACUUUAUUUUUUCUGUGGAGAUUUUGAGGAUGUUAGGUCAUAUUGACUAUUUUAAAACAAGAGGCAUGGUUUUGUACAUAGUGUAUGAAGGAAUGUCAUCUGUCUUUUCAGAAAUAUAACUGUAUAUAAUUUCCUGUGACAUCUAUUGUUAUCUGUUGUUCUCGAGACAUGAGAGUUUGUUGUUGUAGAUAUUUCCUUUCCUUAUUUAAAUGCUAAAUCAAUCUAUAAGUUUCUGGUGCUGCCUGUUUGUAAUUUAUAUUGUGUUUGUCGUGUUUACCAGAUGUCAAAUGGUUUUUAAGAGACUUUAACCAUUUUGGGGGCCAUAGUGAGCCAAUAAAAAUGAUUUUAACUAA